UGAUUGCACCGGAUUACACCACACGCUAGUCGAAUUCUUAUUUCAUUGUUUUUCCUUUCUCGACUAGGACUAGGGUUUUUCGAUUCAGUACAAAUAUCAGGAAAAACCCGUUUUUCUUCCGUAGAGGAAUAGAAGCUGCUUCUUGAUUAGCUUAGCACCUCUUCCGCUCAUCGUAUUCAAACAGCCAAUUCACUCUUCCCUUUCUGUUAGUUUAUCCGGCGGUCGUGAUGGGAAGAGGAAAGUUCAAGGGCAAGCCCACCGGUCAGCGCCACUUUUCCACUCCUGAAGAGAUGCUCGCCGGCACCUCCUCGCGUCCUCGUACCUUUAAAAAGCAAGAAGCUGAAUACGAAGAUGAACAACCCGAAGAAGUAUCUGGAGAGGAGUCUGAAGAAGAAUCUGAUGAUGAACCUGAUCAAAAGCGGAAGGGAACUCAAGGUAUUAUUCAGAUUGAAAAUCCUAAUCUGGCAAAGCCAAAGAAUGUGAAAGCUAGAGAUAUUGAUAUUGGGAAAACUACUGAGCUUUCCAGACGUGAAAGGGAAGAAUUGGAGAAACAAAGAGCUCAUGAGCGAUACAUGAGGCUGCAAGAACAAGGAAAAACAGAACAAGCAAGAAAAGACUUAGAGCGUUUGAGUCUCAUACGUCAGCAGAGGGCAGAAGCUGCUAGAAAGCGAGAAGAAGAAAAGGCUGCAAAAGAGCAGAAGAAGGCUGAAGCACGGAAAUGAUUUUCCAGAAAAUGUCGUUCCAAACAAGCAGUACUCUCUAUAAAACUAGUGGAUUUGGUAGUUUAGUGCCCUCCAUAAAUACUGGAGAACAUGGUUGUUGUCUUAUAAUUGUUGGAAUAGUGUUGCCAACUAAAGUUUCUUCCUUAAAUUUACACAAUUGAUUAUGUUGUUAUGUCUUGAAGAGAAAUAGAUUUCUGGUGUGUUUAGAAUUCUUUA